AUGGCCGCUGACCCUGAAGGCAUUGCGUGGUUCAAUCGAUCCUCUCUCAAAUGUGCAGGCUACGACGCGUCGAACAACUUGGACUUCUGGAACUACAUUCUGGUCGACGUGAUCAUCAACAGCCAGCCAUCGUUUGAUGCUCAUGAGGGAAAGUCCCUGGAGAAGCAUCCUCGAUCAGCAAGUCAAGAUGUGGGAUCCCGCAAAGUGGAAUCAUGGGAACUGCUGAGUUAUGGAAAUGCAGCAACAACAUGGCUUCUGGAACAAAAGCAUAGCCAGGACCCCAGGUACCGAUGGACGGAUAUGGCUGUGAUGUACGGCAAGGACCCUCAGAAGCUGGACAAAAGCUUCAAGCUGUGUGGUGUCGCCGACGUCGACUUCACGAAAUCCGCUAUUGCAGGGUUUGUUGCUGUUCCCAUGCCCACCAAGGAGCAGAAGUAUCUGUGGCUUGACCUGACCUACCCUGUUCGAGGAAUCUAUCUGCCCGUAUCGCCCAAGGGGGAGGGUCCCUUGGGCGAUAUGUGCAAGUUCCUGCGUCUAGAUUUCAAAGGUCGCGGCUUCGCUUUGCCGUAUGGCCGGCCUUACGAGGACAGCCUCGUAAAAGGAUGGACUGAGUCCAAGAGCAAGGCCCGCGAGUUGCUAAAAACGGAGCUUUCCAGUCCAGUCAAAAUUAUUCCAACGGACCAAAUGGGUCUUUUCAAAGCACGCCUGAAGCACCUGAAUCGGGCUUCGAAAAAUGGCGCCCUUCUCUGCGCGGCGGAUGCGAUUAUCGCAAAUUGGAAGACGACUAGCGAUGAAAAGGUGUCGAAGAAAAGACUAGAUGACUACCUGAGCCUCCUAGAUCGGGCGAACCAACAAGAAAAGCUCUCUGCCGAAGAUGACAAAAUGUAUUACGACACGUUCAAAAAGAAGGCCGACAAAAGUGACAUCGAUGCAUUCGAAACGAGCCGACCGGAGACAGACUUGCGAAUGACCAAGUAUCUGAGGUACCAAGAGUUGGUAGCUCCGGUCAUGAAAGAGCUCAAAGAAUCGUACUCCGAACAGGGAGUACUGGAUAAAGCCAAGUUUUCCCAGGCAAUAAGCAAAAUCAAAAAUCGGGUCGAAUUCUUCCAGUGCUUGAGCCUGCCGGAACAGGAGCUGUUCCAACAUGUCUUAAGACCAGAUGACCUCAACACUAUUAAAUCGCAAAAACUUAGCUCCAUGUUGGAAUCUUUUGAUGACGGUGAUGCAGCCCAGCUCCAGGAAACCUACCUGACGGGGACGAAAUUCCCCCUGUACCCCGAUGUAAUCGACGGCAUCUUCGACGACAAGACCGAAUGGAAAGUCCCCGAGUCCUUGACAGAUCCAAAUUGGAAAGAAGGGUCCUCCAAAGCGGAUGCUUUGAUGCUGGGCCAGGUGUAUUUCCUCUGUGACCCGGUGAUGGGACUCGGGUAUCGACCGAAUACAACUCUUCGGUUAGACAUUGAUGGCCUUUAUUAUUUGCUGGCCAUUCCACGGGCCCUCCGAGCGCUCUCCGACCCCAAGAAUGCUAAAUCCAGACCCUUGGACACCUACGAGCAUAACUUGGUGAUUGCUUUUGGUAGCGACCAGGUGAAGCUCUCAACGGAGGCCGAGGCUGCUGGGUAUGCCAAAAGUCACACUGAACACAAAAGUACCACCUGGCUGGAUUCAGGAUUUGUGACGGUGAACCAGACGAUUAGCAAAACUUUGAUACCGGUGCCUUUCGCCAGCAAGUUUAUGAACGACCAGAUCGACAGUCGGAGGGAUCAAGAGCAUAAGCGGCUUGCCGCUGAGCACAUCCGGACCGCCACUCACGUUGACCUGCUUGUCGGCAACAUUAUCACCUACCAGCAGUACAUUGCGGCCAACCUCGGCCAGCAGAUGGAAUACACAACAGUUUGGAGUGACCCAUACGAAGAAAUGCGCGACGUUGUCAACUCCUUGAUCGUUGCAGGACUGAGUAUGGUCCCGCUCGCCGGUCCCAUCCUUGCUGCUGUCGAAACCGUCGCCUACGAUGCCAUGUGCCACCCGGAAUGGUUUGACGACGCAGCUAAUAAAUCGGGUCUUUCUGCUGGUACAGCUGCGGGGUCUUUAGAUUUAUUUAAAAAAAGUGAACGGGGGGAAACUGAUCAAGUAUAUUCGAAAGCGCUGAUCGGGGUACGGGCCAUGUUCUCGGAUGGAGUACCCGCGCCCUUCGUUUGUCAUGAUCAAAACCUGUUAGGGGGGUAA